AUGGACACACAACAAGCAUUGUUCCUCGAAGAGGUCCAAAGGCCACUGGUACUAGGCAGGCGACCUAUCCCUGAGCCAAAAGGGAAUCAAGUUCUUGUGAGGAUCAUUGCAGCCGGAAUCAAUCCUCAUGACCAAAAGGGUCGAGAUCGAGGUGUACUUGUGGAGAAGUACUUGCCUCAUGCGAUCCUAGCAAAUGACAUCAGCGGUAUUGUCGAGAAGAUAGGACCAGACGUCCAAAGACUCUCCGUUGGAGAUCGCAUCGUUGGCCAGUCUAAUAUCCUGUCGGGUGGCCCUGACCAAGCUGGCUUGCAGCAGUUCUGCAUCCUCGACGCAAACUUUGCUGCUCCCAUACCACACCAUAUUAGCUUUGACCAGGCAGCGACAUUCCCCGUCAAUGCCAUUGCGAGUUUUAUCGCUCUAUUCAGUUCGUCGGGAUUGGGAUUAGCACCAAAGUUCCUGGGCCAUGAUUUGGACUACGCGAAUGAAGCGAUUGUCAUUAUUGGAGGUGGCUCUAAUAGUGGGAAGUUUGCCCUCCAGUUCUCUCGUCUCGCAGGCUUUGGGAAGAUCAUUGCAACAGCCAAGGUCCGCAGCGAUGGGGGCCAAUCACUCCGCGACUUUGGUGCUACUCAUAUCAUAGAUCGGGAGGCAGCGGAUGUGGAAGAUCAGAUCCGUGCGAUAGUUGGCGAUGAAUUGUCGUACGCCUUUGACACGGUCAACGGUGCUUACUCGGGUGGUGUCAGCCACCGGCUGGCGCUCUCACUUCUGUCGACCAGGAAGAAAGGGUCUUUGGCAACAUUGGUGCGUGGAGAGGCUGAUCCUGCAAUUGCAGCUACAAAGACCGCUGGCUUCAAGAAAAACCAAGUUCUCGGAGUUAGCGACCUGCACCAAGAGCUGGCUGCCAAGUUCUGGGGGGAGUUGCCAGGCUGGAUCGAAAAUGGCGAGCUGAGGCCGUUAGACUUUGAAGUUAUUGACGGACUUGACGCGCUGAAAGUUAACAACCUACUGGACGACUACCGUGACGGUAGAGCGGUAACUAAGACUCAUGUGCAUCCCCAUCAUAGGGACUCCAUUCUCGAAUGA